AUGCUCAAUUACUUGAGACAAAAUCAAGGGAUUAACAAUAGAUUGAGUCAUAAUCAAUCAUUCGUUAGAGCCAUUACAUGCUUAGGCCUUUUUCCUAGCAUUACAUAUGUAAUGCAUAGCAAGACAUCAAUGUCCUUCAAAACUAUGGAUGAUGGCCAAGUCUUGCUCUAUGCAGUUGGUGGUGGCGAAGUUCAAUACCAUGGUGAGGUUGCAAUGCUUAAAGUUGCCAUGAAGAUUGUCAAAGGGUAA